CGUGCUGCAGUUUGAAAACACACUUCAAAAUAAGAAUGAAAAGAUGUGCAGUUUCCCUUAGUAGAUCAGUAAACUAGAAAUCAGGUUAUCAAUAUGACGGCAGAAGAAACAGUGAAUGUAAAAGAGGUUGAAAUUAUUAAGCUAAUUUUGGACUUCCUGAAUUCAAAGAAGCUUCAUAUUAGUAUGUUGGCUCUUGAGAAGGAAAGUGGAGUCAUAAACGGCUUAUUUUCAGAUGAUAUGCUCUUCCUGAGGCAGCUAAUCCUUGAUGGUCAGUGGGAUGAAGUUCUUCAGUUUAUUCAGCCUCUGGAAUGUAUGGAAAAAUUUGACAAAAAAAGGUUUCGUUAUAUUAUCCUGAAGCAGAAGUUUUUAGAGGCUUUGUGUGUUAACAAUGCAAUGUCAGCAGAAGAUGAACCUCAGCAUGUAAGAUUUUUAUUCCUGAAGCUGGAAUUUACCAUGCAAGAAGCUGUGCAAUGUUUACAUGCUCUAGAAGAGUACUGUCCUUCUAAAGAUGACUAUAGCAAGCUCUGUUUGCUUUUGACUUUGCCUCGUCUGACCAAUCAUGCUGAGUUUAAGGACUGGAAUCCCAGCACUGCGCGAGUGCACUGUUUUGAAGAGGCUUGUGUCAUGGUUGCAGAAUUCAUCCCUGCUGACAGGAAGCUAAGUGAGGCUGGUUUUAAAGCAAGUAGCAAUCGUUUAUUUCAGCUUGUAAUGAAAGGCCUACUUUACGAAUGCUGUGUAGAAUUUUGUCAGAGUAAAGCAACUGGAGAAGAAAUUACAGAAAGUGAAGUACUUCUUGGCAUCGACCUUUUGUGUGGUAAUGGUUGUGAUGACUUGGAUUUGAGCUUAUUGUCAUGGCUUCAGAAUCUCCCUUCUUCUGUGUUCUCUUGUGCUUUUGAGCAGAAGAUGCUUAAUAUUCAUGUUGACAAACUUCUGAAACCUACAAAAGCUGCAUAUGCUGAUCUUUUGACUCCUCUUAUCAGCAAACUUUCUCCAUACCCAUCAUCCCCAAUGAGAAGACCUCAAUCAGCUGAUGCCUAUAUGACCCGCUCUCUGAAUCCCGCUUUAGAUGGCCUCACUUGUGGAUUAACCAGUCAUGAUAAGAGAAUCUCAGACCUUGGGAACAAAACUUCUCCAAUGUCACACUCCUUUGCCAACUUCCAUUACCCAGGGGUACAAAACCUCAGUAGAAGUCUCAUGCUUGAGAAUACAGAAUGUCACAGUAUUUAUGAAGAAUCCCCUGAGCGAAGUGAUACACCUGUCGAGGCACAGCGGCCCAUCAGCAGUGAAGUCCUGGGCCAGAGCACAGUUUCAGAAAAAGAGCCGGCAAGUGGAGCACAGAAUCCAGGAUCAGCUAAGCAAGAAAAAAAUGAGCUUCGAGAUUCCACUGAACAAUUUCAAGAAUAUUAUAGGCAAAGAUUACGUUAUCAACAGCAUUUAGAACAGAAGGAGCAGCAGCGACAGAUAUACCAACAGAUGUUGCUUGAAGGAGGGGUGAAUCAGGAGGAUGGCCUUGAUCAGCAGCAGAAUCUUACUGAGCAGUUCCUUAACAGGUCCAUUCAAAAACUUGGUGAAUUAAAUAUGGGAAUGGAUACCCUUGGUAAUGAGGUAUCGGUGCUCAACCAGCAAUGUAACGGAAGCAAAGGCAAUGGAUCUAAUAAUUCUUCUCUGACUAGUUUUGCUACACCACCCCAAGACACCAGUCAGAGGUUAACACAUGAUGCAUCAAAUAUUCACACAAGCACUCCUACUAACCCUGGAUCAACAAAUCACAUUCCUUUUCUUGAGUCACCUUCUAGAAGCCAAAUCUCUGUAGAACAUUCAGUCCCUAAGCCAUCUCUUGGAGAUUCUUCAGGGAGUCUUUCACGGUCAAGGGGGGAAGAGGAUGACAAAUCAAAAAAGCAGUUUGUUUGUAUUAAUACCCUGGAAGACACACAAGCUGUUAGAGCAGUGGCUUUUCAUCCAGGUGGUAGUUUAUAUGCUGUUGGUUCAAAUUCAAAAACUCUGCGAGUGUGUGCCUAUCCAGAAGUAAUUGAUCCAAGUGCACAUGAUACUCCCAAGCAGCCAGUGGUACGUUUUAAGAGGAAUAAACAUCAUAAAGGAUCCAUUUACUGUGUGGCCUGGAGUCCUUGUGGACAGUUAUUAGCAACAGGAUCAAAUGACAAAUAUGUCAAAGUGCUACCCUUCAAUGCAGAGACUUGUAAUGCAACAGGACCCGAUCUGGAGUUCAGUAUGCAUGAUGGGACAAUUAGAGACUUAGCAUUUAUGGAAGGUCCGGAAAGUGGUGGAGCUAUUUUAAUAAGUGCUGGAGCCGGGGAUUGUAACAUUUAUACAACAGAUUGUCAAAGGGGACAGGGUCUCCAUGCUUUGAGUGGACAUACUGGGCAUAUUUUAGCACUUUACACCUGGAGUGGUUGGAUGAUUGCAUCUGGUUCUCAAGAUAAGACUGUUAGAUUCUGGGAUCUUCGAGUACCAAGCUGUGUUCGUGUUGUUGGCACAACAUUCCAUGGAACUGGCAGUGCAGUGGCAUCUGUAGCUGUGGAUCCCAGUGGCCGUCUCUUAGCCACAGGUCAAGAAGAUUCUAGCUGUAUGUUGUAUGACAUAAGAGGAGGAAGAAUGGUGCAGAGUUACCACCCUCAUUCCAGUGACGUCCGCUCUGUUCGCUUCUCUCCUGGAGCUCACUACUUGCUAACAGGCUCUUAUGAUAUGAAAAUAAAGGUGACAGAUCUACAAGGGGACCUCACUAAGCAGCUUCCUAUCAUGGUGGUGGGUGAGCACAAGGACAAGGUGAUUCAGUGCAGAUGGCAUACACAGGACCUUUCCUUCCUGUCAUCUUCUGCAGACAGAACUGUGACCCUCUGGACUUACAGUGGCUAGAGUGCAUCCUCUGUCAGUCUGUGCGGUGAAAGCACAGAGACUUAAGACUACUGAAUUGUCUACUACAGAUCUGAAGAACAUAGACUGUCUGAGAGGUGGUUUAGCAGGAGGAGGCCCUUAUCAUGUAUGCCGUUGAUAGGAGGUGUUGGUGGUAUUAUUCUGCAGUGCUUUUAGUCUUCCAUGUGAGCUCGUGCUGCUGUGACCUGCUAUAUGUAGUCUCCUUGCCAAAGUCUGCAGAAGAGCUCUUAUGUUGUUGGUAUGCACGCCAAGUCAAGUGGACGAUGUGUUUACAGUUUAGUAUUAAAUGCACUCCUGGUCUCUGCCUAAAUAACAGUUUUAUAUACACAUUGAAACUGAAUUAUACUUUGUCUCUUAUUACACAUAAUACAACCAAGUUCUUUCCAGAUUAAACAUGAGUGUUCAGAUAUUACUUUGCUCUUCUCACAACCCCCUGUUGUAUCACUUGUCUUACAGAGGUCAGGGAUCAUUAUGGAGUUCAAAGGUGAAGGGAAAACUGCUUCUUAGUUCAUUACACGGUUAGGCCCUUCCUUUUUCCUUAACCCAGGGGUAUGGUUGUUAUUUUGUCACAUAAUUUUGUUUGAGGCUAAAAGGUAAAUAUGUUUGCUUCAGAAACUUGUUAAUUUCAAAAAUGUUUGAAUGCAACAAGAUACCUCCCUUCUGAUGGUACUGUAGAAGCAGAGCCUCACAGUGAAGUGAUGCAAUAUUUGAGGGUACAGUUUUCCGCUUACAAGUAAAGACUUUGCCAUAGACCAUAGCACGGCUUGAAUGCUAUGUCUGCAUGAUAAGUUAAAAUGGAAAAUUUAAA